UAUUAAGUGUGUCACGGGCUAUUACGUGAUCGUGUUUAUCUCCUACUGUACGGCCUGUUUAUAAGGGACGCCCCUAGGUGGGCGCUAGUAGAUGCUGCUGCUAGCCGGCUAAAGCUAAGUCACCUCUAACGCGACAACGAAACCUUAGAAGUGGAGGAGUGACAACUUCCCAACAUGCUGCCCGACAAAGACGGUCCAGGUGUAGGCGGCGGACAGGUGUGUCCUGACGGAGAGGAGCCGUCCGUGAGCCUGUUCAGAGAGUACCUCCGCCUGAGAACCGUCCACCCACAGCCCGACUACGAUGGUGCUCUUCAGUUCUUGGACAGAAUAGCAGAGGAACUUGAGCUGCCCAUGAAGAAGAUCGAGGUUUGUCCAGGCAAAAUCGUGUCAAUCAUGACAUGGGAAGGGACAAACCCGAACUUGAAGUCCAUCCUGCUGAACUCCCACACAGAUGUCGUACCUGUUUACCAGGAACAAUGGAAAUACGAUGCUUUCAGUGCUUUCAAAGAUGCAGAGGGCAACAUUUAUGCCCGGGGAACACAGGACAUGAAAUGUGUAACUAUACAGUACAUUCAGGCAGUGAGAAGACUGAAGGCAGAGGGACGGAAACUGAUGCGCACUGUGCACUUAAUGUUUGUUCCUGAUGAAGAAGUCGGAGGUCGCGAGGGAAUGGAAACAUUUGUAGAGCAUCCAGAGUUCCAAAGGUUAAACAUUGGCUUUGCCCUUGAUGAAGGUCUGGCUAACCCUGGAGAGGCCUUCACUGUGUUUUAUGGAGAGAGGAACCCAUGGUGGAUCACGAUCCACUGUCCUGGCAGCCCAGGCCACGGGUCGAGGUUUGUGGAGAACACAGCUGCAGAGAAGCUGCGACAAAUCAUAAACUCGUUCAUGGACUUUAGAGAAAAGGAGAAACACAGGUUAAACACCAGUGAGUGUCUCACACUUGGUGAUGUCACCACCGUGAAUAUGACCAUGGUCAAAGGAGGCGUGGCCUACAACGUCAUUCCCGCUGAAAUGGACGUCAGUUUUGACCUUAGAAUCCCGCCCACAGUGAAUCUGCAGGAGUUUGAAAAACAGAUCCAACAGUGGUGUAAGGAAGCAGGAGAGGGCAUCACAUAUGAAUUUGCCCAGAAACAUAUGAAUCAGAAUAUCACGUCAACAAAGGAGAACGAUCCGUGGUGGAGCACCUUCAGUUCAACCUGCAAGGCAAUGAAUAUGACUUUGGAAAGAGAGAUCUUUCCAGCUGCUACUGACAGCCGUUUUAUCCGAGCGGUGGGAAUCCCUGCUAUCGGCUUUUCCCCUAUGAACCGGACGCCGAUCCUGUUGCACGAUCACAACGAGUAUCUGAAUGAGCAAGUCUUCCUGAGAGGCAUCGGCGUGUACGAGAGGCUCAUCCCAGCUCUCGCCUGCGUUCCUGCUUUUCCUGAUGAGGCUUAGACAAGCUCCGGUUAUUAAUCCCUUCUAAAACAAAUUUCCUAUUUAACUUGAAAAAUUACAGAGAUUACCAAAGAACAGCAACAUGUAUAUCAUUAAGCCAAACUGAAACCUUAGCCUUUGGUGUAUUGAUUUUGUUUUUAAGGAAUAAGGAUUCUCAGGAUAAGCAUUGCAUUGUUAUUAUUGCAGCAGAUUUUUUUAACAUGUCAAUACUGUUGAUUGAGUGUCUGUGUGUGUGUGUGUCUGUGUGUGUAUGAAGGCUUAUAUAAAUAUCAACUAUUGUCUAAAAUGCAUUUUGCAUUAGGAUGGCAGAGUUGCUAAAACUGAUUACAUCUUAAAAAUUACUUACUAUACUUAGUAUACUAUAAAAUGAUGAUUCCACAAUGAGAGUUAUAUUCAAUAAACUGGAAAUGAAUAUGAAUUACUUUCAUAUUCUCCUGUA